GCAUGAAGGAGCCCAAGAGGCGCUUCUCUAUCUCCUCUCAUUCCAUCCCCAUCAACGAUAUCAGAGGAUUUACAUAUAUCUACAAUGGCUACAUUCGGCAUCCCCCAAGCGAUAAGCGCCAUGAAAAUCGUCCUCGACAUCGCAGUGAAGCUUAAAAACGAGAGUAAAGAGCUCGCCCUCGUUGAGAAGGAAAUUAGGAGAGUGAAAAAUGACCUCAGCGACAUCGAAACACGCAUGAAGAAUCCCAAAUCGCCACUUGGGCAAUCAGACGCGGGAAUAAAAGCGAGAAUUGAAGAAGAUAGCAAGGAUAUCAAGGAGGGGUGUGCGCAGGCGAAAAAGAUCUUAGACGAACGGGCUCGCAUGCACAGUCUUGAACUCGGUUCCAAGACUUGGUUUGUAAUGUAUCGGGUUCCAGAAUUGAAAGACAUCAUUGCUGGGUUCACUGCGACUACAACAAGCAUCGACAAGAAGAUUCAACUACUGCUAGCUGACGCAGCUGAGCGGGCUGCUGCUUCCCACGUAAAGGCUCAGAAGAAAGCCGAAGAGCAAGCAGCAGCGAGUGCAAAGGCACAGAAGAAAGCUGAGGCACAGGCUAAGAAGCUUGACGAGAAAAUGAACAAAGUCCUAGAACAGCAGAAGAAAGAUAGGGCAGCGAAUGAGGAGCAAGAGAAGAUUACGAAGAAGAUUUUCGAAUUGCUGGACAAGCAAGGAAGAAAAGUUGUGGAAGAUAUUGCAUUGGGCAAAGGAGACGGGAAGACGGCCGCGAAUUUGGUGGAUGAACUUGUCAGCGGAGGGAUGAAGAGGAAGGAUGCUAAAGCCGGCGUGCAAUCGACGAUGUCUGCGGUGCGGAGUGAGAGUCAAUGUCAGAAGCAGACAAUAAAACGAGCCGCAACUGAUGAAGCGAAAAAAGGAGCUCCGGCCUCGAAGCCUACUGCGGUUAAAACCCAAAUAGCAGCAAAGGCAGGUCAGGAGCCCGAAGUAAAGAAAAAUAACAUAUGGAUCCUCUGUGUGGACAGCCGCAACGGACCACGCUCCAUUAUGGCCCAGACCUACCUUGAGUUUGUGCGUUGAUGGACUAUGAACACACAAAAACGAUGGAUCUUCCAGCGUGUGCACUCUAUCGGCAUUCUAACUUCAUCCCCAUUCACCAAGUCUAUGAUCGAAUCCGGAAAAUUGCAGGCAAAUAAGGCUAAUGUACCAAUGAGCGGGUUAGCGAUUGAGGCCAUUGCCGGUGAAGAGUCCCACUUUCAAACAAAAGACUGGCCGAACGAGAAGGGGACCAUCUUGAAGCGGGUACGAGAACAGAAAUCUCAAGGCCUUACUCACACCCAUUUUGAGCGGUAUGAGCACAUCAUUUGCUUCGCAAGGAAGACGUUUGAUCGGCUAGAGAAGAUGAAGGCGACUCUCG